ACCAUGGCUUCUGCGGAAGACUGCAGGGAGGCCGUCGCCAUGAUGCAGGAGGCACUGAGUCUCAUGGUUGAGGGUACCAUCGACGAUGCAUCCGUGGAACGCUGGACCAACGUCAUUGUACCCGAUCACAUCGCUACCUUCGAGCGUCUCUUGGAGACACCAGGGCUAAGUGUGCCAGAGAGACAGAAGUACUAGUCUACAGUGGCACUCCUGCAUACCAUGCCACAUAGAAUUUCUGUCAAGCGUGGUGGAAGCCUCUAGCAGCCAAGUGUAGCUUGGAACGAAGUGAAGUCGGCUUUUGCGAGUCGUAUCAGAUCGGGUGUGAUCACGAACAUGAGACAUCUGGACAUAACCACGUUCAUGGAUAACGCUAGAGCUCUCUUCGCCUCGCAGAUCGAGCUCGCGCUCCGUGAACACAAUGCUGUAAAAGUGAAUACAGUGCUGGCAGCCGAGUAAGUGAUCGUCAAGAAUGACGAGGAAACGAAGGACAUCAAGUACUUCAACACGAAGAGUAAGUCGAUUGAUCAGACCACUGACUUGAACGAGUGGUUCUCCGCGAAAGUCCAACAGCCCAUUGAACGCGACAUGGAAGAAUUCCAAGAGCGAGAUCCGGCUGGACCCUGCAUUCCAUUCUGAACUUGUCGGUGAAUGUGAACAAGUUGAAUCCGAUGAGAGGAAACUCCUACAUCGAUCUACCAUCCCUCAUCAAGUCGAAGCACGCAUGCGUCAACGUUAAAAACAACGACAACCAGUGUUUCAAGUGGGCUGUGCUAUCCGCGCUGCAUCCAGUACAAUAUCAUGUAGAUAGAGUUUCAAAGUACCAGGAAUUCGCGGACGAAUUACUUUGAGGUUAUUGACUUCCCAGUGCCGCCGAAACAUAUCGUCAAGUUCGAGAAGAUCAAGUCAAGUUCAGAACGACGUGUCGGUGAACUUGUACAUACUCAAAAAGAGGGGUGAGAAAUUUGAAGUGUCUCCGUGCCACGUGACGGCGUCGAAGAAGAUCAAACACGUCAAUCUUCUCUUCGUGCAAGAUUACUACGUGGACGAGGACGACGACAACGACGACGACGACGAUGACGACAUCGAGCUAUUGCCUAAAUUCCACUAUGUGUUGAUAAAAGACCUGUCGAGGCUAGUGAGUGCGCAGUUGUCGAAUCGAACACACAAACAAUAUAUCUGUGAAAGGUGCCUCCAUUACUUUCGUAAUCAAUUAAAACUGCGGGCUCACGAGGUCGACUGCGCACAAGUCAAUCAAUGCAAAUUGAAACUGCCCACGAAACACGACAACAUCCUUAAGUUCAAGAACUUUGGGCACAGAGAGCGAGUGCCUUUCGUCGUCUACGCCGACUUGGAGUGCCUGUUGCGACCUGUCGACGACGAGCGUGCGUACCAGCAGCACGAGCCAUUCAGUGUCGGCUACUACCUCAGAUGUAGUUUCGACGAUUCUCGUUCCGAGUAUAAGUGCUACAGGCAGAUAGACGAAGGCUCGCAAAGUUCAGCCUGGUGGUUCGUCAAGAGCCUGCAAGUUUUGACUGUAGAAUUGAAAGAGAUAUACAAGAACCCCAAACCUAUGAAUGCUCUCACUGCUUCGGAGAGAGAAGAGUUUGAGAGAGCUAGAGUCUGCCACAUCUGUCGGAAGCCAUUCUCAGCUAAGGACACGAAGGUCAAGGAUCAUUGUCACCUCACGGGAAGGUACAGAGGUCCAGCACACAAUAAGUGCAACAUCAACUACAACGACUCGAGAACCAUACCACGGGUGAUAUUCCACAACCUCAGCGGCUACGACUGUCAUCUCUUUAUCAAGGAGAAAGCAACCUGCUUCAAGGGUCGAGUGUCGCUUAUACCACAUACCAAGGAGCGAUACAUCUCCUUCUCCAAGUUUGUCGAGGGUACGGAAUUCAACAUCCGAUUCAUUGACUCUUACCGCUUCAUGGCAUCCAGUCUGGAGAAGCUCGCCUUCUACCUCGAGAAACUGAGCAUUGCAGAGGAGGAGUUCCAGCUGGAUUACACAACUGAUCAGACGGAGUUGUUGAAGAGGAAGGGGGUGUUCCCCUACGACUACAUCAGCUGCUUCGACAAGCUCAAAGAGACUGAGCUACCUACCAAGGAGGAAUUCUACAACAAACUGAAUGAUAGUUACAUCUCCGACGACGACUACGAACACGCCAAGGCUGUGUGGCAAGCCUUCGACAUCCAGACUCUUGGAGAAUACUCGGACCUGUAUCUCAAGACAGACGUGCUCCUUCACGCUGACGUCUUCGAGAACUUCAGGGACAACUGUCUCGAAGCUUACGGCCUCGACCCCGCAUACUACUACACCACCCCUGGCCUCACGUGGGACGCCAUGCUCAAGUAUACGAACAUUGAGCUCGAGCUGCUGACUGACGUCGACAUGCUCCUGUUUGUCGAAUGGGGCAUAAGAGGUGGUGUGAGUCAAUGCUCCAACCGUUACGCCAAGGCCAACAACCGAUACAUGGGAGAGACCUACAACGAGAUAGAGGAGUCCAAGUAUCUCGUCUACUACGACGUCAACAAUCUCUACGGUUGGGCGAUGCGGGAGUGUCUGCCAUACGGCGGCUUCAAGUGGGUCAACGUCGCCGUCGAGACGUCUGACUUUUUCCAAGUGCCAGACGAUCAUCCCGUGGGCUACAUUCUCGAGGUCGACCUCGAGUACCCUGAGGCACUUCACGACGCCCACAAGGACCUGCCCCUGUGUCCCGAGCGUAUGCCAGCUCCAGGCACCCGACAAGAGAAGCUGAUGACGACUCUCCACGACAAGGAGAGAUACGUCAUCCAUUAUCGUAGUCUCAAACAGGCUCUCAAGCAUGGGCUGCGACUGAAGAAGAUCCACAGAGUCUUGAAGUUCGACCAGAGGGUGUGGCUGCGAUCGUACAUCGAUUUGAACAGCGAGAAGAGGAAGCAGGCUAAGAACGACUUCGAGAAGCUCCUCUACAAGCUCUUCAACAACGCCAUAUAUGGAAAAACGAUGGAGAACGAGCGCAAGCGAAUAGACGUGAAGCUCGUCACAAAGUGGUGUGGGCGAUACGGUGCAGAAGCACUCGUAGCCAAGCCCAAUUUUCACAGCUGCUGCAUUUUCGAGGAGAAUCUCGUUGCCGUGGAACUUGCACGCACAGAGAUCACCGUGAGGAAACCCAUGUACAUCGGUCUCUGUGUGCUCGACUUAUCGAAGUCGCUCGUCUACGACUUCCACUACGAGUACAUACGAGACCGAGUGGGUGAUCGUUGCAAGCUCCUGUACACUGACACGGACAGCCUCGUGUACGAGGUAACGGAUCUAAACAUGUACGAGGCCAUGAGGCAGGAUAUCGACCACUUCGAUACAUCGGACUAUCCCGAGACGAAUCAGUUCGGCAUACCUCGUGCCAAUAAGGAAGUAGUCGGCCUCAUGAAGGACGAGUGUUGCGGCCGUGUCAUGACGGAGUUUGUGGGCUUGCGCAGCAAAAUGUACACCGUGAAGAACGAGGGCCAAGAUGUCAUCAAGAAGGCCAAGGGUGUGAAGGCUGACGUCUCGACUUCACGUUGUACGCAGCGAGAAGGAAAGCAAGAUAGCGCUGAGCCCACACGACAACAAGCGCUACCUCGUCCCCGGCGAGACGGACACACUGCCCUAGGGGCACUACGCCAUAUCGGAGGAGGAGCUCCUGAUGAAUCUUGUCGGGGCGCACGCGGACCCGCCAGCGCGCGCGAACCCGCCGCCCGAAGAAGUGGUGGGGACAGCCCUACAUAAGGCGGAGCGCCGCGGACCUGGCAUAAUUGAGUCGUCCGAAGAGCCAGAGAACAAGAGGUCUCGAAAGGAACAUUGAAUACCAUCUACGAGUUUGAUCAGAG